GAUCAAUGAGGCCGUCGCCUUUCUGAAAAGGACGAGACAGUGGGUGCCGUCAGGGAAGAGCUUGGUGGCAGGUGUGGAGGCCUUCCCCAAGAACUGGACAGGAGCAAUGGUGGCCAAUUUUUCCGGGUGUUUGGCCGACCUCGACCUCGUACACGGAGAGUUGCCGCCGGUUCCGGUUCUGAUGGACGCCAAAGAUUACUGGUGGAGCAAGAGCCGCGUCCUCGCCAGCGGACCCUUGAUAGCCUCCACCUUUGCCACGGAGGUUUCCACAAAAGGCACCCUCGUCCUCGCAGAGGACAGUCACAAGAUUCUGUCUUUCCUCCUCGCAUGGAAGGAGGCGGUCGAGUGUGACAAGGGCUCCGAGUGCUCUUCGAAGUUUGCGGAGCUGGCUGGGAUGGUUCACAUUGUCGUGACCCGACUGUUUGGCGGCGAGAAGACGAUCAUUCGGAUUAUCCAGUCGGGGGAGGACAUACAGAAGAAAUGCCUCGAGCAGGGCAACCACCUGCCGUUCAACUAUGCAACAAGACUCGCAACACUCAAGGCCGCCCUCGUCGCA